AGUUAUGGUUGAGAAGAGUCAGGUCGCAUUGGGUAUAUUAUAUUUCCAUUUGAAGCAGCAGAAACCGAAACACGUGUUUUAGUGUUUUAACAGAGUUAAAGUGACACUGCUGUGUUUCUGGAGACAAUGCCCUCCUGUGGUAUCUGCUUCUGAGCUUUUAUGUCGUUUCUUAUCUGCCCUUUACUCUAGUGGCGAGUAUGAGAAAUGUCUCCCGCCUACCAGCGAGCAACACACACACACACUCAUACGCACACACACACAGCCCUCCUAUGUUUGUCAGACUCAAAUCCGAGGGAGAGGAGCUAGCCGCCAUUUUCUAAGCGUCUCUCCCUAAAACGAGAGAAAAAGAGUCGCGACAGAAAGCCCUCUGGAUUACCUUCCGCUCACCCAGAAUCGUGUUUUUCGGUGGAGGACCGCCGCCAGGCCGCCUACAGCUGAACUUUACCGCGGUAGAAGGGAGUGUUUCUCGGCCUUGGUGAGCUUAUAUCUGGCUGUUAGCGGCUAGCUGCCGAGCAAGGUGGAGAUCGGUGAUUCGCCCAUUCGCCUGAAUCCGGAACGAAACCCGAGCGGCUCCGUGAGCUGCUGGGCCUUUUUUUUUUAUAACGUGGGGGUUUGCAUUUUCACAUUUGGAAUAAUUAAUGGCAGUGAUCGACUGAAGCCGCGUGUUUUUGUGUUAGCAGCCUUUUGGUUUUUUUCCACUAAACUGCAGGGGAUUGUUGCCGAAAUUCCCUCGGAUAGUGCAACCUCGUCACGUGGCUGUCCUCAGGUGGGGCAGUAAGCGGGUGGUGUGGAGCAGGCCGCGGUGCCCGUCCCUCUGCACUGCAUGGCUGCGAUGGCGCCCGCUCUCACCGACGCCCCAGCCGAAGCUCACCACAUCCGCUUCAAACUGGCUGCCCCAUCCUCAAGUCUCUCACCGGCCAGUGCAGAGAACAACGGUAACGCCAGCAACAUCCUCAUCCACAGCAGCGGCCCCGCCAAGUGCAAGGCCGCGUCCGAAGAUUGCCCUCUCGACUUUUGCGGCGGCGACCAGGAGCAGCAGCAGCAGCAGCCCCAAGCCGACUCUGUGGCCCAGGCCUCGGCCCUGGGAAAGCUCCAGCCGCUGGUGGCUUCUUACUUAUGCUCUGAUGUGACACCUGUCCCUUCAACUAAGGAGUCAAUCAAGCUGCAAGGAGUCCUCAUCAAACAGUCUGUGUUGAAAAGCCACAGAAUCCUGCCCAGCUCCCUGCUCAACGGCGGAGGAGACUUCCUGUUGAGGAAGAGGCAGGCGAUUGAACUCUCUGGCGGCCAGCUCAAAAGCCUCAUGAGCGGCAGCACUAACGGAGGUGGCCAGCCCAUGGCACCUGUCAACGGCCUGGCCCGGAAGCUGGCCACGAUGUCCAGCCCUGGCUGUGUGGUGGCCGUGAAUGGUGACAAGCCGUCUGCCACCACAGACUCUCAGUCCCAGAACCUGCCCUUAGACUCUGAGACCUUGACAGCUACCUUAUCGGGGCAUAUCCCGGUGAAAGGAACCCUUAAACAGAAGCAUUCCUCUGGGGUUUCUCAAAAUACAGAUGGAAAAAACCUUGAACCACCAGUGCUCCAGUCUGCUGCACUUUCCCCCUAUACACAUGACAACCCUAACCCCAAUGAACCAGUGAACUUGGAGGAGGCGGAUUCACACACGCCGAGCAGUCAGCCACAGGGUUCUGAUAGGGAGAGACCAGGUAGCAGCCAGCAGGGCUCCCCGUCCUGCACGCCUGCACCUCAGCCCCCUUUACCCUGCACUUCUUCCUCGGACAGCCUUGAUGCUCACGUUAGGGAGCGCACCCUUCUCAACAGCAACCGCCAGUCUGAGAUCGAGAGCCGGUUGCGACGCCUGCGCAAACGUCUUCAGGUUGUUCAGGCCAAGCAGGUGGAGCGGCACAUCCAGCAGCAGCUGGGCGGCUUCUUGGAUUCGGCUCUCAACCGGCUUCUGGCCGGGAACCGCAAGUCCGAGACGGCCACCCAGACGGCCACAUGGAGGACCGGGCGCCACUCUUCGUCAAACAACAGAGAUGGCCUCGGUCGCUUCCUGAAAAGCGGCUCCAUGCCCCUGGAGCUGGAGAGGCUGUAUCUGAGCGGCUCGGCCAACCUUCAUUCUGCAGAAAGCGCCUUUGACUCAGAUGUUACAGAAAGUAGCUCUGGAGGGGACUCUGACCUGGAGGAGGAGGAGCUGACCAGAGUGGACAUUGAGCAGCGACACGUCAAAAUAUGGAAGCGAGCAGAGAGCCGCUACACUGUGGAGAGAGCUGCCAUCAUCAGCCACUGGAACUGGCUCCAGGCCCACAUCUCAGACCUGGAGUACCGCAUCCGGCAGCAGACCGACAUUUACAGACAGAUCCGCGCCAGCAAGGGCUCAGUGGAGCUGGGAGGUGUGUCCCCCAGCGGAGGGCCUGCAGGGGGGACAGAAGUCAAGACGGAGUCUGUAAAUUCUCAGGAUGUUGGUUCAGAGCGGCUGGAGCACACAGGCCCCGCCCACACCGCCAACACAGAGCCCGGCCCCUGGAAAGGUCAAAACGCACAGCCUGUUAACGGCGUCCUCAGCAGGAUGGCGGAGAGUGCAGACACCAAGCACCAGCAGCCGUCCGUCUACGACAGCACGUGUGUGGCGGCGCGCACACGGCCACUCGUCAGCUGCCGGCGACGGCGACUCAUUCAGCCCAACACUGUGCCCAACCUCAACGGCAAGGCCCAGAGGAGCAGCUGCAUCCAGUGUAGCUGCCGGGUGAACCCCAGCUGUGUGAUGUGUGGUGGCUGGCCCACCCCCAGAGAGGACCCUCAGUUCGAGCUGCCCACCCUGGAGCGCCUGUCAAGACUGGAUCUUGGCGUCCACCCCAUCCUGUCCUUCCCUGACGACGUUUGUAUAGGCCUCCGUCUGCAGCAGGUGAUGAAGAGCCAGUGGCAGACCAAGUCACUGGAGAGGAGCAAACCACUGAAGAAGCUCUCCCUCAAACACAAGCUGUCCUCGUCCAAAGAGAAGCACAAGUUCACCAACUCACUCAUGGCAGUCAGACUGAGCCACUAUAAGAACCGUGCUGAGAAGCAGAGGACGCUGGACAGCAACGUGGGCGCCAGCAGCAGCAGCAGCGCCGCCGUCCUGAACAGCGCCCGGCUGGAGGGCCAGGCCGUGUGCAAGACAGAGCGGCUGCAGGGCCUCAACACCCCGCUGGGCCCCUACGACAAGAACUACAGCCGCAAGAGAUUAAGAGAGCACUCGCUGGACAGGACCGACAGUGAGUCCUCCCCCAAACUGUUCCUGGACUCCAGCAGCCCCUGUACGACUCUGGCCAACAUGCACUCGUCCCUCCACAGCCCCCUCACACGCCAGCUGUCCACGUCCUCAGAGAACUCCACGCCGCUGGGCCCCGGCAGCCACAGCGUCCCCAGCACACCUCAGCAGCCCAUCAAGAGGAGGCGAGGAGAGAGCUCCUUCGACAUCAACAACAUCGUGAUCCCUAUGUCUGUGGCGGCCACCACCCGGGUGGAGAAGCUGCAGUACAAAGAGAUCCUCACACCCAGGUGGCGAUCUGUGGACAUCUUCUCUCAGCCAAUCACUGAGGAGGAGAACGAACGGGAGGUGGAGGACCUGUCAGACGCAGCCUUCACUCAGCUCCAUCAGCCUCACGAGGACCAGGAGCGUUCCCGCUGGACCUGGAUGGCUCUGGCUCCAGCCAAGAGGAGGGGCAGCAGGUCGUAUAAGUCCGUGGACGGGCGCACCACGCCGCUGCUGUGCGGGACCAACCCUCCGACCCCCCAGCCGGCGUCCCCGGACCCGGGACACUGUCCCCUGCUCCACGACUACAGCCACGUGCCGUCUCCUCUGAGCCCGGCCAGCCCCGACACCACGUCCAACCCCCACACGCCCUGCAGCAGGGACUCCCACCGGCUGCUGUCCAGCGAGGACACUCGAUGCUCCACGCCAGACUUCACCUUCGAGGAGAGGACGGUGGCGCCGUGGGAGCGCCGUGGCUUCCCGCUGCCGGAGGACCCGGCCCCGGAGCCCGAGCCAGAGAGCGACCACAUCCGGCCCCGCAUGCGCAGCAUCUCGGGCUGCCGAGCGGCGGCCUACGGGCGGCUGGACUCGGACGACACGGAGCCGCCGAGCGACGAACACAAGGCCUCGUCCGCCCACCGAUGAAUGACUGACAGGCCCAGGCCCCGCCCCCCUCAGCUCCUCUCUGGCAUUAACAAGCAGAACCUCAACGCAGAAUACGAUAUUAAAUGGGUUCCUGUUGUUUGAUAUUCAAACAUCAGUCUAAUACUUUCACAGUUUUUAGUGAACAUUAUGGAGAUAGAAGCCUUUCCCUACACUUGUUUUUGUCACAGGAAAAAAAAGGAUAAAUGUAAAAAAAAAAAAAAGUAUAAAACAACACGUUACAAAAAAUGUUUUCUGUAGUAGGCUAAACAAUGUACAUGGGGGCUUAGUGGUGUUUAUACGUGGCUGUCACUCGUAGCGCACUAUGUAGCGACUCCUCAACUGGCCAAAGGGUGUUUUCUAUUGCUAGUUUGCUUGUGAUUCCCAUGUACAUUUUUAGUGGAGUGACAAAUAACAAAACAAGAAAAAAUCCCUCCUCCUCCUCUUCCACUUCUUCCUCCUCUUCCUCAGUCUCCUCCUUCUGCUCUUCCUCCUCCCCAUCACCGUCCUCCCUGUCCUGCUCCUCAUCCUCCUGGUCCUCCUCUUCCAUUUCCUCCUCUCCCUCCUCUCCUUCUUCU